GUUCAGCCCUUGAAUUGCAUUGAUUCAUGAUUCUUUAUAAUAUCAGAUCUUUCGGAGUUACUUCCUGUUGUCGACGACGGACAUAUAUCUGUCUGUAUGUUGUUUGCAAUCUUUGUUCAAGAGGCAGUUAACAUAUUUUCUUCGGCUUGACAAGGCCACCUUGAGUCCCAGAAAAAGUCGCCAUCGCGGCCAGUCCUGUCUCAACUCAGCUACGCAAAGCUUCAGCCCAGCAUACUUCACGACUUUAUUUCCCAUACAUAUACUUUAAUCGUUCUCUUCAAUUCCUACCAUCACUAUGCAGUCGGCGACCGCCUGUUCUUUGCCCUUGACGGCCUCAGGGCGGUUCUACAAGCUUUGCGCUCAGAUCCUGCAACCCUCAUUUCGGCGACACCAGUCAUCCUACAGACGAGCAAGAUCCAAGCUGAAUAUCAAGCCGGAUGCUUCCUUCCUGCCCUCUCAGACCGAGCAGCACGAUCAUAUCGUCCACAAUCCUCCUCCGAGUAUGCCCAAUGUCUACCACACACCAAACAUCUUUCUACCGGACAACGAUCGGAGAAAAAUCAUACCAGACCCAGAAACAAGCAAGGCACAAUUAUUACUGAGUCAACAAAUACCUGCUAUGAAAGGACAGCAAGAGAAAAGUUAUCAUUUGACUAUGAAGGAGGUGGAAGAAAUGAAGGCGUUACGGAAAGCCGACCCUCUGCAAUGGAGCGUCAAGCGACUAUCAAAGAAAUUCGAGUGCUCCCCAUUGUUCACCAUGUAUGCGACGGAAGGACUGGCGCCCGGAAAGCAGGAACAGCAGAAACUGGUCACCGAAAUUGUCAAGUCGAGAUGGGGCAAGAAGAGAAGGGAGGCACGUGAGGACCGAGAACUGAGAAAGGAGCGGUGGUAUAGAGAUGAGUAAGAAGAAAAGGACACUGUAGGAUAAGCGCAAGUGGUGAAAAAUGUACAGAUAGGUGUUCAUUCUCUGGCAAGAGCGACAGGUACGGAGUAGCUCUGGUGAAUUUCUACAUGUAGGAUACUUCCAUCUCCAAAGAGACUCUCAGAUUUCUCCAAUGUCUAGUCG